CAAACCACUGCAGCCCACAUCUGCGGUGCAUGAGGCCAUGCGGCAUUUCUGGGAAGAUCGCUCUCACAGUGCGACUCCGUGCUGACUCGAGUCGCCAUCAAAUAUGUUCUGGCCAGCCGCCAAGGAUCGCGGCUCCGAGCUUUUCCAAGAGACACGAUGGACCACCGAUCUGCAUGCGCGAGCCAGGCACCGAGGCCGGGCUUGUAUAAGUGAGCGGCUGAGAUAUGCUACCCAGCCUUGUGUAUCCUCUCGCUGACCCCCCGCACAUACGCGUCGUCCCAAUCCCUUCAUCUUUCUACACGCCAUUCCUUGAAAAUGCUGUCCUUCACACUUGUCCUUCUGCUGUCAUCUACGCGCACUGUAAAUGCGUCGGCACUCACCUCGCUGUAUAUCCCGGGUUUCGACCCCCAGCCUGUGACUGCCAAUUUGUUAGGUUCGCAGAAUGGCGUGACUUCCUACGUCAUUGCUCCUGGUGUUUCCAGCGCUGGUAUGGAUGAUCAUGGGUUCGAAGGACCUGCCACGCUCGUGGUCGGCCCAAGCACCGCUGCCGUGACCUACAUCGACGAAGAGGAGGGCAUCGCUUUCGCUGUCUGUGAAGACGUUGUCAUCGAAAUGGGUAGCAGUGGCCUCACGAUGACGGACACCACCACUGAGACCGUCGACCCCUUCGCCGUGCAAGGCGGAGCUGCCGCAACCGGUGCUGCCGCCAUCUCGACGUCCCCUGUGCCCACGGGCGAUUUCGCCACAUGGACCCCCGACUUCGGCACCUUCCCGACCGACAGCUCGGACGAUGGUUUCCCCGCUACGACAGGUAGCUCCCAGGCAGCUGGGAUCACACCUGCGCCCACUGCUUCGACAAGCGGGAUGUCCAAGGUCCCCGCUUCCAGCGGUUCGGCGUCUGGUUCAUCUUCCGAUUCUGCAAACGCGAAGACAACUAGCACUACCAGCGGCGCCGGUAGCAUCCAUGUCUUCAGUCUUUUGACUGUCGUUGUCGCUGGAGUGGCUGGUGCCCUUGUUGUAUUGGCUUAGCCUGAGGCAGAUGAAGUCGGGCAUGGACAUUUCUCUCUGUUUUCCUGGGUUUUAGUGUUGUCUCUGCUGGUCGUGUUGUUAAGGUGUAGGGAGACCAAUGUGUACAGUGUUGAUAUAACCCGCCUUCGGAUAUGGAUUGUAUCGCGCGAAUCACGGCAUGCUAUUCGUUGCCUACAACAAGCCGCGUUGUGAAGUUGUGAACC